AUGUCGGCAGAUGAUUUUUUACCAGGCCAGAUAGUUGACGAGCCACCCUCUACGGCGGAAGUGCUUGCCAACAUCACAGUAGACAAGCUGGAUGACAGCGUCAAGAAAUGGCUGAAUGACCAAAACACCCAGACUCUGAAUGGGGCCUUGGCUUUUGUGCCCUUCAUCCUGCAACAGGCCUACUAUGAAGGUCAGUUGGACGAAAAGCAGAUUGUCAUCCACAAAGGGUCCGGUGGCGUCGUCUUCUCCGACGCGAGUGGCUUCACGGCCUUGACCGAGACCUUGGCGAAGAAGAGCAACGGCGCCGAGCUGCUCUCGCAGUGCUUGACGGCCUUCUUUACGCCUUUGAUCGACUUGAUCAACGCCUACCGCGGGGACACGAUCAAAUUCAGUGGUGAUGCACUGACGAUCUACUUCCCUUCGGUGGACGAUACCAAGUCUUCAGCCUUCAACGGCAUCGUGCCUCCGCAUGGUAGCUUUGGGCUGGACGACUUGGGUCCAAUGGCCACCGCGGUGCUCCGUGCGUCAGCGUGUUGCAUCGAGAUUCACAAACGGUUGCACAUGUUCGAGACAGGAGUUGAUGGUGUCACGCUUUGCCUACACAUUGGUCUGGGUUGUGGAGACAUUAGCAUUCUUCAGGUUGGAGGCGUUGUGCCACCAGAGACGCACAUUGCCAGGAUCGAGUACUUGAUCUCGGGGGCUCCGUUGGAGCAAAUCUCCAUCGCAGAGCCUUUGGCCAAGAAUGGAGAGACCUGUCUGAGCCCACAGGCUUGGGAGCUGGUGAAGGAUUGUGUCAUUGAAGGAAGGCCCAUUGAGGACCGGAUGGAUUUCCACCUGCUCCUGAGAAUGGAUGAGUCAAAGUACACCUUCCCAACCAUCAAAUAUGCCACCCAGCUCUACGACUCCAGAGCGGAGAACUGCUUCAAGCUGGGCCAGCUGGAAAUCACUAGGCGCUACAUCCCAUCUGCAGUCUUUAAGCAGAUCGAAUGUGGAACCCUUCCAUACGUCAAUGAAAUGCGUAAGAUUUCGGUGAUUUUCAUCAAUGGCUCUGGCUUGGAUGUGAUGUCGCCGGACGGCCCCAAACAAGCACAGGAGCUCAUGUCUUCUGUGCAAAAGGUGUGCUACUCUCACGAAGGAACACUUAACAAGUUUCUGAUCGAUGACAAGGGCAUGCUCUUCCUGCUGGUUUUUGGUCUGCCACCUCUCGUUCACCCGGAUGACCCUGCUCGUGCGGUCCUCGCCAGCAUGGAGCUGGUCAAGGUGUUCAAGAGGUUGAACCUGAUUGGACGCUUUGGAGUUACAACUGGCCGCAGUUAUUGUGGGGUUUGCGGCAGUGCCAAGCGAAUGGAAUACACAGUCCUUGGAGACUGCGUGAACCUCUCCGCACGCUUGAUGGCGAACGCGCCGCCGCUCAGCGUCCUAGCCGACGAGGAGACGAGCCGGCACACGACAGGCGAAAUGCAUUUCAAGGCGUUAGCGCCCAUCAAGGUCAAAGGAAAGGCCAAUCCCAUUCCGAUUUUCCAGCCCAUGCCGCGCGAGGCGAACGGCGUUUGUGGUGUGACCCUGGAUCGAAAAAUUCGAUUCCCUUGGUACGACCACCUGCUGGAUGGAUCGAGCUUGACAUCGAAGGACCCAGUGACGGCCGCCAAGGCCAAGGUGCAGCAUUUGUGCUCUAUCCACAAGUGGACGGCGAACAUGAAAGUGGCUGAGAUGUUGGGAGGCUCCUUCAACAAGGCCUUGCACUCUCCGGAUUCCACCAUCGGGACCAGCCCAGUUCGUGCAAAGGCACCUGCGGGCAGCCCCUUUGCAGAUGGCGGUCUGGUGGUCAUUGAAGGAGCCACAGGCACGGGGAAGAUCGAGCUGGCGGAGCACAUCGUGGCACACUGCGCCACGCAGUUCCAGACCAUGCCGGUCUUCGGGACGAUGGGGCCUAGGCCCGGUGAAUCAACCCGCAUGGCCAUCGAACUUCUGAGAAGUACCGUGGCAGUGCAUCGGCUUCUCAACCAGAGCCUGCCGCCCGAGGAUGCGCAGGCGCUCGAAAAGUUGCUGCCACAACAGCACGCCGGUAGCUUAGAGAUGUUGACGGACCUCGUGGAGGAGCGGGCGCUGGCCGACACGGCGGCGGUCUUGGAUGUGGCCUUGAAGGUGUGGAUCUGGCCGCAGAUCGAAGAGAGAGGGAGAUGGAGGGACUGGACUCCGACCCCCUGGGGAUCCGACCAAAAGCCCUACGAACCUCCGGACCUUCAAGUUGAAAGGGUUUGGUUCGGGUCUCUGGCCCCCAGCGUCUCUGAGUGA